AUGCUCACAUCACCCAGCGUUCGCGCCAGCCGGCGCCGACAGGCCGAAGGCACUGUGGACGACGCGCGCAAAAAGCAGGCGACCGGGGCACGGCGGCCGGCGUGGCUAGCGCCCCUCGAGCAGCAGCAGCAGACGGGGCAGCAUGCGGCGGAACACAUUGACGCAGACGACAGCGAUGACAGCGAGUCGGCACAAUCGUCGGUGCUGCUGCAGGGCGACAGGCACGCAGUGUACGCUUCAGGCGCGCUUCCCGACGAGGCAGCGGCGCUGGUUGCGGCGGCGCGAGCGUGCGGCGCAGCGGUGGCCAGCGGCGCGUCGGAGCACUUUGCGUUUGUGGCGACAGCGGCCGAGUGCGUCGUGUGGUCGCUGGCGCGGUCGGCGCUGGGCAGCGGCGUGCACCGGCUGGAGAUGCCGGGCGGCGGCAGCGGCGAGGCGCCGGUGGUGGUGCUGAUUGGCGGCGGCGCGGGCGACGUCGGCGUGCUGGCGUGCAGCGGCGGCGGGCGGCUGCGGCUGUGGGCGCGCGUGGUGUUUGGGCUCGGCGGCGCCGCGCGGUUCCGCUCGGCCGACCUCGGCGACGGGCUGCGCGGCGACGUGUGCGAGCGCGCGCUGCUAGUGCACAGCGACCUGGCCGUGGUGGCCACGCGCCGCGGGCGGCUGUUCCAGGUGGCGCUGGGCGGCGGCGAGCUGCACGCGCGCCAGCUCAGCCGCAGCCGCAGUGCGGAGGCUGGCGGGUCGCUGCUGGGCGCGGUCGCGGCGCUGCUGGGCGGCGGCUCGGGCGGCUCGGGCGGCUCGGGCGGCGAUGUGCUCGUGGGGCUGGCGGCCGGCGCGCGCACGGAGCUGCGGCAGUCGCGCGAGGUGCUGCUGCUGACGCGCACGCGGCUGGUCAAGUGGGUCGUGUCGCGCGCGCACGGCGACCGGCUGUUGUUCUCGGCCGACGUCGCGCGCACGCUGCGCCAGGCCGCCGCGGCGCGCUUUGGCGCCGACGCCGACGUCGAGCUUCUGGACGUCGCGGCGACGCACGCCGGCGACGUCUGCGUGCUGGUUGCGCUGCACACGGCGCGCCGCUCGAUGGCCGCGCUCGCGCUGCUAAGCGCCCCGCACGUGUCGGCCGAGCCGGCCGUGGCUGCGCUGUGGCCGCUGGCUACUGCGCUCGACACCAGCUCGCUGCGCCUGGCGCUGCCGGCCGGCGGCCCGGCGCUGUUCGUCGUGGCGCCGCGCGCUGUGGUCGUGGGCGUGCUGCCGCCGGCCGCCGGCGCCGCGCGCCUGGCGCUCGAGGCCGCAGUGUCCUUCCGCGGCGCCGUUCUGGGCUUCGGCGCCGGCGCGGACGCUGCGCUGGCGCUGGUGUGCGCCGGCGCCGGCGCCGGCGUGCUGCGCGUGGCGGUGGACGUGGCGUUCAGGCAGGCGGACGUCGAUGCGGCGCCCGCGCGGGAGGAUGCCGAGGCCGACGAGCUGCCCGGCGAGCAGUGGCCCCGGCCGGCCACUUGCGCCGGCUCGUCGGCCGACUCGCUGGCGGCGCAGACGCGCGCGUUCACAGCGCAGCUCGAGCAGGCGGUGUUUUUCGGCAGCGACUCCAGCCCGCUGGCGUUCGCCAUUGCGUCGUCGGCGCCGGGCGAGGACGCUGCGCUGCAGGCGGCGGCGUUGCACGUGUCGCAGUCGGUCCUCGACGGGUCGUCGCGGCUCGUGGCCGACCGCCUGGACCUGGGCGCGCUCCUGCGCGAGCGCCUCCGCCGCGCGCACGCCGUCAUGCGCGUGCUGGCGGCCAACGGGCUGGCGGCCAAGGUGUCUGCCGCGGCGCGCGCCCAGCUGUGCGCAGCGGCCGAGCAGCUCGCUGCGGCGUCGGCGCUGUGGGCGCACCAGAACACCGCGUGGGCGCACCAGAGCGGCGCCGCGGCGCGCGAGGGCUCCGCCGCGGCGCAGCUGCUGCCCAACGCCGCCGCCGCCUUCCUUGAGGCGCGCGGGCUGCGUGCGCGCGACGCGCUGCGCGAGCUGCUGCGGCACCACACGGCGGCGCUGGGCGCGCUGCUGGCGUUUGUGCACGGCCGCGAGCCGGUGCUGCGGCGCGCGCUGGAGGUCAGCGAGCGCGGCGCCAGCGAGAGCCGCCUGGUCGCCUACGAGGCGUCGCGCAUCGUGGCGGCCGCGCUGCACGCCGCGCUGCGCUACCGCUUUGCACACGCCGAGCUGUACGCCGUGCCCGCCGACCUGGCGCCCGAGCACUGGACGGCUGCGGCGCCCGUCGUGGACCUGCUGGAGGGCCGCCUGGAGGCCACGUACGCGCUGUGCCGCGACCUCAGCGCGCGCCACUGCGCCGCCAUCUACGAGCGCAUCGAGAAGGCCGCGCUGCCCGGAGACGACGCCGCCGACGGCUCGCGCCUGUCGGUGUUUGACGACGCCGUCAGCGCCAGCUUCACCGGCGAGGCCGAGUCGGACACGGAGGCGGGGGCGGAGCCCGAUGACCUCGCCAGCGACGACGACCCCUACGCGUCGCCCGCGGCGCUGCUGCGCGACUGCGUCAACCUCAUGGGCCCGCUGGCCAACCUGUGCUUCCGCGCCUUCCUCGACCGCAUCGCGUCCCUGCGGCAUGCGCAGUCGCCCGGCGCCGACGCCGUGUGCCGCCGCUAUGACGUUGUGCGCCCGCGCUUCCUGCUGAGCCUGGUGCCCCUGGCGCGCGCGCCCGUGGCCUUCCGCCUGGCCGAAGAGUACUGCGACUUGGCAACGCUGGUCGCCCUGGUCUUUGCCACCGAUGCCGCCAAUGCCGCCGAGCACUUGCGCAACUACGUCGGCCAGUUCGGCGCUGCCUUUGGGCGCACGCUGCUGGCCUACUACGAGCGCCGCAGGGCCUGGGCCAGCCUGCUGUACACGCAGGACAGCGCCUUCGAUGCAUGGCUCAAGGAGUACAUUGACGAGCGCGAGCAGGAGGUGCCCCACGGCCCGAUGGCGCAGAUCGGCUGGAUCCACGACGUCAAGGUCAGCGACUUUGGCGCCGCUGCUGGUAAGCUUGCGCGCGCCGCCCUAGACUCCGACGAGGUGUCGCAGACCCGCACGCUGCUCAGCCUGAGCAAGCUGGCCUUUGUCAUUGCUGACGCUGCGAGCAGCGACCGGUCCGACUCUGGCACCGGCGACCAGCUGGCCUCUGAGGCGCGCACCCGCCUAGAGGAUGCCCUGGAGCUGUGCGAGGUGCAGGAGUCCCUGCAGGGGUUCUUUGCCCAGGUGGCCGCCGUCGCUUUGCCUCUGGGCGCUGAGGACGCCAUUGAGCGGUCCGCGCUGGAUGCCGCCAUGCGGACGACAACGCCGGAGCUGCGCCACGAACGCCCUGCGCUGUACACCGCCUACUGCGACCUCCUCGGCCGCUCACUGGGCGGCCGCACGCUCGACAUCGAGGAUAUCCUGGACUUACUGACCUUCCCCGAUAACAUCACCGUUGACUCGGACCUUAUGCGCGACCGUCACUGCUUGGCCGUGGAUAUUCUUAGCCGCACUAACCAUACGAUCUCCGCUUCAGCUCGGAACGCUGCUUUGCGCACUAUCUGGCGCCGCGUCUUUAUAUCCGAUAACUGGGCUGCGCUUCAGCCUGUUUUGUCCGCGCCUAAUGUUCCUGAUAAGCUGUUACGCUCUAACCUGCGUGCUACCGAGCUUUACCAUAUUCUUCGUUCGUGUUUGGCUGUUCGGGAGCUGCCUUACCCGGACUGCUUUAUUUCGCCCACUGAGGCUUUUGCCCUGGACGAGGACCUUGAGCAUUUCGACGAUAACAAGAAUAUUGUUGCUGCGGAUAAUGGGCCCCCAUCGCCUUCUACUUCCCGGGUCUUGUUGUUGUCGGGUGAUUAUAUUGUUGAGAAUAAUCGCUUGCAAGGGGCGGUUGAGCAUGGGUUGUCGAGAUACUUUGAGGAGAUUAUGCGGAUGGUUGCGGAUGAGUCGAGCACGCCAAAGAGCCAAUUCUCGAGAACUGGCUCGAGUUCAGAGUCGGUUGAUAGAAGCAUGGAUGAGGCUAGUGAACCUGCCGAGGCUGAAGUGGAUGGGGACGAUGUCCAGGACGUUAACAUGGAUUCUGACUGA